CAACUUCCCGGCCGGGGCGCGGCGGCGCUGAUCGCGGUCCCUGCUCCCGGUCCCGUUCUUUCCCGUCCUUCCUUUCCCCCCUUUCCCCCUCCCUCCCUCCCUCCUUCCCCAACCCCGAAUGGCUGCGGGGGCUGCGCGGGGCCGGGUGGCGGAGGGUCCCCCCCUCCCCCUGUGCUCAGGGCCCCCUCGCCGGUGCUCAGGGCCCCCCCCGGGCGCACGGCGCGGCCCUGCCCGGCGGUAGCGAAGCGCGGAGCCGGCGCUCGCCAUGGCUGACCCCAGCCACAUCCAAUCGGCUGCUUCCAAGAGCAUCCGUCCCUUCCGCUCCAGCGAGGAAUACCUGGAGGCCAUGAAGGAGGACCUGGCCGAGUGGUUCAACACCCUCUACGACCUGGAUAUCCAGGUGGAAAACUUCUUGGAGAGCUUGGAGACGGGUUGUCACCUCUGCCGCCACGCCAACAACGUCAAUCGCAUUGCCCUGGAAUUCCAGCAGCAGCACCCAGAGGUGGCCACCCACACCCGUGUCCCACAGAACGAGGUCACCUUCCAGGCCAAGAACGUGGCGCCCGGCUCCUUUGUCGCCCGGGAUAACGUCUCCAACUUCAUCCGGUGGUGCCGGCGGGACCUUGGAAUCCAGGACGUCCUCAUGUUUGAGACCAACGACUUGGUGCUGAGGAAGAACGAGAAGAACUUUGUCCUCUGCUUGUUGGAGGUGGCCCGGAGAGGCUCCAAGUUUGGCAUGCUGGCUCCCAUGCUGAUCCAGAUGGAGGAGGAAAUAGAGGAGGAGAUGAGGGAUCAAAUGGGUUACGGGGUGCUGGGCAUGCCCCGGGAGAACCGGAACCCCCAGGAGCCCACCUACCCCAGCAGGACCCGGCCUGUGGCCCUCUGUGAUCUGAAGAACCUGGAUGAGCUGGUCCGGGAGAUCCUGGGGUGCUGCUCCUGCCCCUCCCAGUUCCCCAUGGUCAAAGUCUCCGAGGGCAAGUACAAAGUGGGGGACUCCAGCACCCUCAUCUUUGUCCGGGUGCUGAGGAGCCAUGUCAUGGUGCGUGUUGGUGGCGGUUGGGACACACUAGAACAUUACCUGGACAAGCAUGACCCGUGCCGCUGCUCCUCCCUCUCUCACCGCCUGCCCCAGCCCCGCCUUUCAGGCUUCCCGCCCCCACCCCGCAUCUCCAGCCCCAGCACUCCCCGUUGCCUCCGCCCAAGCGGGGGGGGUUUGGAUGGAGGUCACAGCCGCUCAGAGCGGGGGGGGGGUCACCCGGGCAGCCCCAAGCCCCCCAAGAGGGAGGGGCUGCCCCCCCCCCGAGGGAGCCCAUCGAGGAGCCCUGCAGAGCCGCGGGCAGCGGGAGCCAUCAGGUCCCGUGAGCCCCCUCCCUCCCGUGCCCGCCGCUGCUCGGGUGACAGUGACUCCUCAGCCUCCUCAGCUCACAGCUGUCCCCCGGCUCCUCGGGACCCCAACCGGGGGGUUCCCGGGCCUCCUCCCCGCCAUGCCACCCCCUCCCCGACACCCCCAGAGGAACGGGGCCGCUCACGGGUCCCCAACGGGCCUCGCGGCCGUGCCCAACCCCGCGCCCGAAGCCAGGGCCACCCAGACCCCCAACCCCUGCUCCUCAUCAGCCGCCGGCGGGACGGGCACCACUCCUGGGCACGGGCAGAGCCCCCCGGCAGCCCUGUCCCCAGCAGGACCCCCGCCCCCCGACGCUGCUCCCUGGGGGAACCCAUGGGGACACGAGGAGAUGAGCCCCGGAGAGCUGGAACCCCCCAAAGGGGUGGAACACCCCAUGGUGUUGAGGUCUCCCAUGGUAGUGGGAACUCCCACGGUGGUGGAAUUUCCCAUGGUUUUGGGAUCUCCCGUGGUAGUGGGACCCUUCAUGGUGGUGGGACCUCCCACGGGUUUGGGAUCUCCCAUGGCAGUGGAACCCUCCAUGGUGGUGUGGCUGCAGAAGAGUCCCUGGAGCAGGAGCUGGAGGAGCUGGGCCGGCGGCUGCGGGUGCCACUGCACCUGGAACCUGGGCAGGAGCAGCAGCUCUUCCGCCGGCUGGAGGAGGAAUUCUUGGCCAACACGCGGAUGAUGGAGGAGCUGGAAGAUGGGGAGACCCCCCCCAUGCCACCUCCGCCUCCCCCCGCUGCUGUCGACUCAGCUUACUGCUCCUCCAGCUCCUCCUCCUCCUCCCUCAACAUUUUCGGGAAGGACGGACGCCGCAGCGGGAAUGGGGCUGGACCCCCUCUGCCUCCCCUCACCCCUGAGAUGGGGGAUGUGGGGCUACGGGCAGCCCUUUCCAGCUCCUCCGACGAGAGCAGCUGCUUCCCCACCUCCUGGGACCCCCGGGAAUCCCGGGGGGGCCCUGAAUCUGACACGGAUUGGGUGCUGGGAGAGGAGGAGGUGCCGGAGGACCCCCCAGCCAUGGUUAGGGUCCCCCCUCAGCCUCCUCCUUCCCUCCCCUCUGUGUCCCCAUGCCUGCUCCGGGCCAAACCCCGCUUGGACACUCAGCCCCACAAGAAGCCCUCCCGGAUCCCCACCCCUCGGGGUUAUGGGGGGGUCCCCCAGCCCCCUGGUAGCCCCAAGACCUGGGGGGCUCUGCAGAGCGUCCUCUCCUCCUUCCUGGAGCCACCCUGGGUCCCACGGGAGCAAGAGGGGCUGGAGGAGGAUGCAUGGCCAUGAGAAUCCCAACUUGGUGGCCAUGGGCAGGAUUGGGAGAAGGUGUGUGUCUCCCACCCCACCCCCCCCGAGGACAUUGUGGAGGCAUCUACAUGGGGAAGCCACGAGGGAAUCCAUGGCCAUGGAGCCAGGAAUGCAGGAACCAGGACUCCACUCCCUGACUGGUGGCAGCUGGGGUCAGGUCCUGCAAGGAGCCUCCAGCCCCAACCAGGCACAAAAAGCCCCAGGGAUGUCCCUGGUCCCAUGGGGAGCAGCUCCAUGGGGGCACCACGGGAUGGCCACGCCAGUGGCCGGAGCAGGGAGCUGUGUCCUGGCUCCCUUGCAAGAGGGCUGGAGAGCAGCCAGCUCAGCUCUUCUCAUCCUUGUCUUCUCCCAUCUUCUCAUCAUCCUCUCUUCCUAUCAUCUUUACAUGUAGUUUUCUUCUUGUCCUUUGGUUCCUAUUCUUGGCCUGCUCGUCAUCUCCAUGUCCUUUUCUCUACUUUUCUGGGUUUUCUUUUGUUUGUUUUUCUACUUCUCUCCUCCUUUUUCCCAUGUUGCCC